CAACGUUGAAUGCUAACAAUAAAGCGAUCAUUGCCCUCGUCAAUGCCAAUAUUGAUGCCACCAAUCAUCUUCACUGCACUUACAUAGCAACCCAAGUUUUCUUCCCUCUAAUUUCUCGCUCUCGUCAAUUAUGGGAAAGACGAGGAUCGUUAUGUUGCCGGCAAGUGAGGUUGAUUUGACCAAGGUCAAAUACGAUCCUGGAGAAAUUGAAGCCCCUCAUAUAACUGGAUUACUCCUCAAGUUUUUUGUCAAAUUAGUUGAAAUGCCUUUGAUCGGUUCUUUGCUCAUCGGUCACUUGAAGAAACAGAACAAAAUGAACCAGAUGUUACGAGAUACUCUGAUACCAGAACCACCGAUGUUCAGACCUGAAUUCCCUCCUCAAGAACCAGAAUCUGGAGUCGUUUUUCUCAAAGAAGAUGGAAAAUCUGAAGACCGCGUUGAAUCAGCCGUGGAAUGCCUUCCCCAAUACGAUCCUGCUAGCAAUAGCAAUCACAGCUCUGACUCAACUCCAUUCCGCUACUGGAAGAUUCGUGAUUAUGCAUAUUCUUACAGAUCGAGCCUUACAACUCCAUCAAUCGUCGCUGAACAUGUCAUCUCUGCGAUUGAAGGGUUCAGCAAUAAAACUUCCCCAACACCUCUUUUGAUUUCCUUUGAUGCUGAUGAUGUAAGAAAGCAAGCCUCAUCUUCAACACAACGGUUUCAGGAAGGAAAACCAUUGUCAAUAUUAGAUGGCAUCUUUAUCGCAAUCAAGGAUGAUAUAGAUCUUUAUCCUCAUCCAUCUAACGGUGCGACAACAUGGCUUCAUGAGCUACGCAGUGUUGAGAAAGAUGCAGUUUCUGUAUCAAAAUUAAGAAGCUGUGGGGCCAUAUUGGUAGGAAAAGCCAAUAUGCAUGAACUAGGCAUGGGUACUACUGGAGUUAAUCCUAACUAUGGAACUGCUAGAAAUCCACAUGAUCUGGACAGAUACACAGGUGGAUCUUCAUCAGGCCCAGCAGCUAUAGUAGCUUCUGGAAUAUGUUCAGCUGCACUUGGAACAGAUGGUGGAGGUUCAGUUCGUAUUCCUUCUUCUCUUUGUGGUGUCGUGGGAUUGAAAACAACAUAUGGGCGUACCAACAUUAAAGGUGCAUUAUGUGAUGGAGGGACAGUAGAAGUAAUAGGUCCAAUUGCAUCCAGUGUUGAAGAUAUCAUGCUAAUUUAUGCAGCAAUCUUAGGAUCCUCUCCUGCCGACAAAAUCAGUUUGCAUCCGUCUGUCCCUUGUUUGCCUGAUCUAUCAUCAUCACAUGAGAACGUUAGUGUUACAGGAUCAUUGAAGUUAGGAAAAUACAGUGAUUGGUUUAAUGAUGUAUUCUCACCUGAUAUUUCAAAUAAAUGUGAUGACAUUCUUAAUACGUUCUCAGAAACGUAUGGUUGUAAAGUGGUAGAGAUUGUGAUACCAGAGCUUGACCAGAUGCGAACAGCUCAUGUUGUGUCAAUUGGUUCUGAAGCAGCAGCCUCAUUAAGUCCCGACAUUCAGAUUGGGAUGGAUAAGAAACUUACAUUGGAUUCACGUAUUAAUUUUGCACUUUUCAACUCAUUCACAGCUGCAGACUAUGUUGCUGCACAACGUCUCAGGCGCAGGAUUAUGUAUUACCACAUGGAGAUCUUCAAGAAAGUGGAUGUCAUAGUUACGCCAACAACUGGUAUGACAGCUCCUGUAAUUCCCAAAACCGCACUUACAUAUGGCGAGUCAAAUAUAAAGGUCACAGGCAAUUUGAUGCGGUUUAUCAUAGCAGGAAAUCUUCUUGGGCUCCCAGCUAUUUCUGUACCUGUUGGGUAUGAUAAAGAAGGGCUUCCAAUAGGAUUGCAGAUUAUAGGCCGACCUUGGGCUGAAGCUACAGUAUUGCGGUUGGCUGCUGCAUUUGAGGGCUUACGUGUUGAGACAAAACGCCCUGCAUCUUAUUUUGACACUCUAAAGGGAAAUUAAGAGUUGUAUGGGUAAAAAGGUGUUGUAAACUUUGUUGUGUGGCUAAAAAGAUGGUUUAUAUGACUUGUCACAUUAUUUUGUUGAUAUGACAUGAUAAAUAAGUUAAAAUUGUCAUUUAUGUGUUUUCAGUAACAGUUGUAGUCUUGUAGAUGUUAUUAGAAAGAAGCCAAUGUGCGCUUAUGCUA